GAGGAGCAGAGUGAAGGAGGAGGGUGAGGAAGAAUCAGAGAGAGACAGCAGAGUGAGGAACAGGUUCCUUCUGCAGCCCUCAGCCUCAGCAGCCAUGCCUAACUUUGCCGGCAACUGGAAGAUGAAGAGCAGUGAGAAUUUUGAUGAACUUCUCAAAGCCUUGGGUGUGAACGCCAUGCUGAGGAAGGUAGCUGUGGCAGCAGCCUCAACCCCUCAGGUGGAGAUCCACCAGGACGGCGAGCAGUUCUACAUCAAAACCUCCACAAGUGUGCGAACCACUGAGAUCAAUUUCCGUAUCGGCGAAGAGUUCAAUGAGGAGACUGUGGAUGGACGCAAGGUCAAGAGCCUUCCCACAUGGGAGACAGAGAACAAGAUUUACUGUCAGCAGACUCUGGUGGACGGAGAUGGUCCUAAAACGUACUGGACCCGAGAGCUGAAAGGGGAUGAACUGAUACUGACAUUUGGUGCAGAUGACGUGGUGUGCACAAGGAUUUACGUUCGUGAGUGAGGCAGUGCAAACCUUCACCUGGACAAAGCUCAUGUGAAUCUCUUCUGCUAACUCAACAAUUCAUUCGCCAAGUUUCCUGUGAAAACUUAACCUCUUAGCAUCAACCAUAAUAGUCUUUACAUGUGAUAGUGUCAGUUUUCUGGUUAUUCGUUGUUAUCAUUGUAUCCGCAGUGCAGUAGCUAGCUCUUUCAGUGUCCAUACCUGCAACCAAGCUAUGAUAAUGUAGGAUUUGGUCUUCGGCUGUUUAAAUCAAGUGUUCAUGUUUGAUGAAAGGAAGCAAUAAAACAUACAUGGAACCAAUUAUAUCAAAAA